AUGAAAGGAUUUCCUAAGUUGAGUCCGUUUGAGAACAAACGCUUCAAUACUUGCAGCCUGGUAGGGAACGGAGGGAUACUGAAGGGAAGCGGCUGUGGAAAAGAGAUAGACGCCUCUGAGUUUGUGUUUAGGUUCAACAUGGCUCCAAUGGACGAAAAAUAUUUGGAGGACAUCGGAAACAAAACCAAUCUGAUAACCAUGAAUCCGUCCAUGAUCAAAUACAGAUACCGCAAAGGCAGAAGAGAAGAAAGCACCAUAGACGUUAAAACCCUGAUGUCUGACCUCUCAGCGACUGCUUCUGGUGAGUUUCGCCACACAGGUAUGCGAGGAGGUGCGCUUGUACGGCUUCUGGCCCUUCCACUCCGACAGGAGCAACAGACGCCUGACUGA